AUGGAUAGUACUAAGCCAAUGGCUAAAGUUAGUGAUCAUGUUUGUGAAGAUAUUGAUUCUACAAUGGAAUGGGUUAAAGAAGCUGGAUUUGGUAGCCUACUUGUGCAUCUAACAGCAAGUCAGGAUUCAUGCAUCAGGUCAGAAACUCGAGAUCGGGGUGACAAUGAAUGGAUCCGUUUUAACAAGGAGGUUAUUGUUCCAUCAGAUUUUGAUCUUUUUACAAAAUCCAUCCAAGGUUUUGAGGGCGGAAUGCUAUAUAUCGGUCCAGCCAAACCGGUAAAGGAAAACAAUCCAAAGCCAGCUGCAGGACCUCAAAGGCCUGCAAAUGAUAAACCACAAGACCAGAAGAGUGGGACAGGAUUCGGCUGCUCAAGUCGUGCCUCCAAAGUCUAG